CUUGAACAUGAUGAUGUAAGUAUUGUUUGUUACUAUCUGCCUGGAUGAGUUUCAGGGCUACAUGUCAGCCUGAAUGUUGUGUCGAUCUAUAAUUGGAGUUGGUGAUAUACAAGAAUCAGAUCUGAAGUUGAGAGUGUUGUAAUACUGUCUAAAGCUGUGGCUGCUACUAAUCGUAUCAAGUCUUGAUAAGCUAGUGAGGUUACAUUGGAAGAAAAUAACUCCCUGAAAUGAGUGACGACCUUACUAGACAACUCUACCAGGCCAGUCAUGAUGGCUGUAACCAAAAAGUUCUUGAGCUGCUGCAGAGAGGAGCACCACCCAACAGUGACUACUACAAUAGAGCGCAUCGUGGAGACACUCCACUACACACGGCAUGUGCUCACAACCAUCUCUGCAGUGCAGAACUACUCAUUAAAUUUGGAGCGAUUUUAGCAGCUUCAGAUGACGAUGGCUACACUCCCUUACACUGGGCAUGUCUCAACAACUGGAAGGCCAGUGCUAAGCUGUUACUGGAGCACCACUGUCCCACAGAUAUCAAGACCAGUUAUGGAGUGACUGCUGCUGAUUGGGCCAGAAAGUAUGGAUACUGUGCCUUGGCUGACUAUGUGGAGGGAUUCCAGCCUGUACCUAGAGAUCCUCUGUCCUUGUACCCAACACUGGAACAGCUGAGUCAGCUGGAAUGUGACCAAUGGCAACUUGAAAUUCUCCGCGAAGCCAAAAUCAAUAAUAUUGACGUGCAGUGGAAGAAUGUUGUGGGAGCUCUAGUGAACAUCGGAAAGUACAAGUUGGCAGAGAGUGUGUGCACACAGCAAGGGGAAGGUGAGAAUACUCUGUCAGUGAGUGCAUUCUAUGGCUGGCUGGGCUGGGUCAAGCAUCUUGUGGAAACAGUGGGCCUCGAUCCAAAAGCUACAGUCAACAAGGCUGGUGACACUCCAAUCUCUCUGGCCUACAAAGGUGGACACUGGGAAGUGGUAAAGUAUCUCGCCAUCACUCAUCACUGUGAUACAAAAAGUUUCCUCUUACUAGCAGUGAAGCAAAAAUAUAAAGUAGAGUUCCUACUGGCAGAAUGCCACAGCGAUCCAAAUGUGACCGACAAAGAUGGCAAGACACCUCUCGAUUUGGCCAACAACCCUGAGAUCAUAAAGCUCCUCUUGAAACACGGAGCCAAGGCUGCCAAUGUCUACAAGGAACACAGCAAGCUCAUCGGAAAGCUCUCCUCUGAGCGACCCCCACACCUUCCUCUGUUUGUACUCAUCAUUGGCGACAGUGGCGUGGGAAAGAGCACUCUGUUGAAGUCCAUUCUAAGCUCAAAGGGGUUUUGGUCUAUAUUCCAGAAGGCAGCACCCGUAGAUGGCGUCGAUGCGAGGACAGUGGGGAUCAUACCGUACGAAGUAUAUACCAAAGAGUUUGGGAGAAUCAUCUACUUUGAUUUUGCUGGCCAGAAAGAGUUUUACACGAGCCACUGUGCCAUUCUGGAGAAUGCUGUUCAAACCUCACCACCUAUUAUUAUCCUCUGUGCUAAGCUUGUAGAAAGUGAGCAGGCGAUUAUUGAUUCCAUGUAUCGUUGGUUGACCCUCGUCCAAAACCAGUGCACCAAUCUGAAGGGCAAAGCACAUGUCAUAGUAGUUGGUAGCCAUGCCGAUCAGGUGAAGGGACUGGGUCAAGAUCCACGCGCCAAAGAGGAAAUCUUUGCCCCCAUUAUCAAGCAAUUCUCAAAGUUUGAGUUCAAGGAGUUUAUUCCAAUGGAUUGCCGUUUUGUUGAUUCGGAUGACAUGAAAAAAGCGAAAGAGCAAAUCAAGAAAAGUUCCACUAUUCUCCGCUCUCCAGAAACCAUCAGCCUGAAUGCUCACACUUUUUACAUCUACCUUGCCAAAAGCUUUAAAGACGACCAUGCUUUGUCGUUAAAAAAUGUCUAUGAAAGAAUUAAGAGCGAUCUUAACGAAGAUCUGUCAAAACGCACUCAAGAUAUUCUUUCUUUCAUACCCAGCACCAUCCCUCACCUUGUAGAGAUCUGUAAUCAGCUGCAUAAAAGAGGACUCCUCUUGUUUCUCCGCAAUGACAGCUCUCCAGAGAAGUCUUUCUUAGUGAUUGAUCAAGCAAUACUUUUGUCCAGAGUAACUGGGACUGUGUUUGCUCCUGAAAGUUUCCGCCAGCACUGCAAGCUAGCUUCAAGCACUGGAGUGGUGCCUUUGUCGAAAUUCAAAAAAGCAUUCGAUGGCUUCGACGUAGAAAUGCUAAUUGCCUUCAUGUCCCAUUUAGAGCUGUGUUUCGAAAUUAUAGACAAGCAAGUCUUGGAUUUCAUUUUAGAGGAGAUUGCUUUUUCCACUGACAGAGCUGCUUCUGUUUCUGAGCCUGAUACUCGAUAUCUUUUCUUUCCAGGGCUGAUUCGAAUCGAAACUCCAGAGCAAGUGUGGGAAGAAUCUCAAAACAUCCAAUACCACUUUGGUUGGAUACUCCAAACAUCUCAAGAUACCGAGUUUUUUGAUCCUCGCUGCUUUCAGGUCCUCAUUCUGAGGAUAGUGUUCACAUUCCGACUUGCCCCUGCCCUGAGAGUACAGCAUGAUGUCCCUUCCCUACAAAGAUUCUGCUCUGUGUGGAAGAGUGGGAUAUGCUGGUGUAACAAUGAUGGCAUCACCGCACACCUCGAGCUUGCUGAAAAUGGUCGAUCUCUUGUUCUCAAAAUGCGCACUGACACACUUCGACCUGAAGGUAUGAUUCAUCGCUCCAGAAUUGUGAGCAUUAUUCGUGAGACUGUUGAAACUUUUGGCCGCAAUAUAAAUAUGAUUGAAACCGUGAUUGAUCCAAAUCAAGUCGUCAAGCAUCCUCUGAAAAAUCCCUCUGACCUCCCACUGGUCAACAUCACAGAUAUUGCAGCAGCUGUUUCCUCCAACAAAGGUACAAUCAAAUCGACGCAACAAAUUGCCUUUGCCUUCAAGCAUCUCUUACAGUUUGAGCCGUACGCUGGCCUGGAUCAAAGCACCAUACAGUGUAUCCACAGUGACAAGAAUGCCAAGAAAGAUGACAAAAUCUCCAGAGCUUUCAUUUCCCAUUUUGCCAGCAAAAUUUCCGACCCCGACAGUGAAGAUCAGGAUCAAGUAGUUCGAAACAGUCGCAUGUACAGAAGAAUCCUGAGCCUUUCUAAUAUUAAAAUUCAGAAUGCCAGUCCCAGACAAGUGGUCCAGGCCCUUGAGACGUGGAGGAGUGAGACUGAGGGAACUUACAGCUGUCUGAGGGAGACUCUCAAUAAGUACAGCGUCUUCACUGGGAGAAACCCUCUGGACUUAGCUGGUGUGGCUCAUGAUGAUAUUGAUCCCUCUGUGUUUAGUAUCAGUGAUGAUGAGCAAAAGGAUCCAGGGACCACCAGCCUCCAUGAGUUGAUGGUCAAGCAUGAAGUCACUUACGAGCAGUUGGAUCAAGAAAUCAAGGACAAAGACACUGCCCUCAUUUCUACACACUUUGAUGAUUUUGAAAACUACAUCCACCGACUUGAGUUGACUGGAAAUGAACAAGCUGACGUAAAGAAAAUUGCUCAAGUUAGUGGCAAUCAAGUGACAAUGAUCAACUGUUUGUCAAUCUGGAGGGGUCACAAACCCAGCGAAGCAACCUUCAGAGUACUGAUUACCAUUUUAUUGGAUUUGAGGAAGGAAGAUAUUGCUACCAAGAUCUGUCAAUACUUGAAAGAAAAAGCCCAUACAGUGAUUAUGAAUGCUGAGAGCAACUGACUGCAUGUAGAGCUAUAGAACUAUAUGUGAAUAGGACUCUUGUACUGAAUUGUUUGUUAUAAUAAUUGUAUGUGCAUGUGAUUAAUUAGUUUAUUUAUCACCAGGAGUACAUGUUCUCUGCGCACUUAAGGCCCGGGUCAAAGUCUGAAUACCAAAAUUUAACACAAUGUUCAUACUGCUGUAUUAUUUGCAACAUACCAUUUAUGCUACAUCAAGAUGAUUCAACAUGAAGCUCAAUGUUUUCUUUUUCCAAAAAACUAAUUAGCUUAAUUCAAUUAUGCUAAUUAGCCCCAUAAAUGGUGAUGACGUCAUGCCACUUUUAGUAAGAAAACUGCAAAAAGAGGCCAUGAAGAUGCCAAGAUCAAGCUUCAAAAACAAGGCUAGAUGAAUAACUCAUUGCUAGGUACUAGUAUCAUAAAUGGGAAGAGUAGCAGUUACUGUAUUCUUGAGAUACACAACAUAGCCUACCUCUAGGGUGGCUGCCAGAGCUAAAGAAGCCAGUAUAGCUAAGACAAUUUUGCACAUAUUGACUUCCCACUUGGGAAACAUAAUCAUGACAACAUACUCCAUCUUUUGAGGGCCUAAACAGCUACUCUUACCUUGCUUAAGCCAGCCCCUUUUGUUGCUAAAGAUAUUGUAUAAUAGUUCCAGCAGCUAGCUAGGCAAAACACAUUGACUCAUGACGUCACAUGCACUGAUAAGGAUUAUGAAUCUCAUUAA